CUCACUGUCGAAUUUGCACCCAAACAAAAACCCGAAAGCCUCAAAGAAAGACUAUAUAUACACAUAAUCGUUUUAGGGUUUGGGUCUCGGUUCCUGGGUCAUACGCGCUGCUCGAAGACUCGCAGCUAUGGGGAGAAGACCUGCAAGAUGUUAUCGUCAGAUCAAGAACAAGCCAUACCCAAAAUCACGGUUUUGCCGUGGUGUUCCUGAUCCUAAGAUCAGGAUUUAUGAUGUGGGUAUGAAGAAGAAAGGUGUUGAUGAGUUUCCUUUCUGUGUCCAUCUUGUUAGUUGGGAGAAGGAGAAUGUUUCCAGUGAAGCAUUGGAAGCUGCUCGUAUCGCAUGUAACAAGUACAUGUCGAAAUUUGCUGGAAAGGAUGCUUUCCACUUGAGGGUUAGAGUUCAUCCUUUCCAUGUUCUUAGGAUUAACAAGAUGCUUUCGUGUGCUGGAGCUGAUAGGCUUCAGACUGGUAUGAGAGGAGCUUUCGGAAAGCCACUUGGUACUUGUGCUAGGGUUGCUAUUGGUCAGGUUCUUCUUUCUGUCCGUUGUAAGGACACCAAUAGCCAUCAUGCACAGGAGGCUCUCCGUCGUGCUAAGUUUAAGUUCCCUGGUCGUCAAAAGAUCAUUGUUAGCAGGAAGUGGGGUUUCACCAAGUUUAACCGUGUUGAUUACCUCAAGUACAAGUCUGAGAACAGGAUUUUGCCUGAUGGUGUGAAUGCCAAGCUUCUUGGGUGCCAUGGACCAUUGGCUAACCGUCAACCUGGAAGAGCUUUCAUUGAUGCUAGUACUCCUACUGCUUAGGUGGUCUGUUAUUUGGAAACAAUUGUCUUUCAUCAGAAUAGUUUUGGAUGAUUAAUUUUAAGUUUCUUUUUGUUUUGUCUGUAAUAUUAAACCAUGUGAGAUUGUUUCCGGUUUUGCGAAUUACUUUGAAUGAAUGGUUUUUAAUUGUUUUAA